UAAUCACUGAUUCAACAUUCGCACUCACAAGAAGGAAGGCUACGAACAGGAUUUCAGAGCUUUUAUAUAGACUCUAAAAUACAUGUAAAAAAAUCAGUUUUAGAAACUGAUCCGUUCCAUCAACUAAUUAAGCAAUUUCUAGAAAAGCAUAUGUAUAUGUUGCGAACCUGUGAUAGCAGGCAGCGGUCCUGACUCCUUAUCGAGUGUGAAAUGAUGGAGUGUGUAAGCUAACGUUAGCUAUUUCUGCAGUUCUUCUUAGCUAGCGAACGAGAAAAAACAUUACAUCAUAAGGAAGUUGCAACAGUCAAACUAACAGUGGAUGGUACCAGAUAAGCCAUCUGAACCAAACAAGGCUGCUGUGGUGUUGUGAGGAGACUGCUUUCUGCUGCACCAGCUGCAUGAGGAAAGCAGAACCCUCACAUAGGGCUGCCGGCUGCAGAAGGCUCUCACAGGGAAGUGGAAUCCUCCGUCAGCCCCUGAUUGUUGAAGAAUAUAACUUUUUAACUGCAUUGUUGGUCGGGCUCACAUGCAGAGCUCUGAGCAUCUCUAACAGGCAGCACUCUGCGGAACCAUGGACUCUUCUUCUUCUGAGUCCCAGUCCCAGGGCGACGGUGAGACAGCUCUGCUCCAUGCAGAGAUCAGAGAGCACCCCACCACAUCAGCUGCCUUAAUUCCCAGUGAUGACCCCAUCCUAUUGACCCCAGGGAGGAUGAGCCAGCGAAGCCAGGGGAAGGAGCGAGAGAAGAGGGAGGAGAAGGAGCGAGAGAAGGAGAAGGAGCGAGAGAAGAGGGAGGAGAAGGAGCGAGAGAAGAGGGAGGAGAAAGAGCGAGAGAAGAGGGAGGAGAAGGACAGAGAGGAGAAGAAGGAGAAGGACAGAGAGGAGAAGAAGGAGAAGGACAGAGAGGAGAAGAAGGAGAAGGAUGGGAGCCUCCACACCCCCAGCAGGGAUCACCUCGCCAGCCCCUCUUCCCUCAGCCCGGGGCUCAGCUACACCCAUGAUCUGAGCAUUUCGCGGUCAGCGGCUUCGCCCUGCUUGGCCCCUGCUGAUCCCCAGCAGGCCCUCCUCAGGCCCCCCCGGGCUCUCGCCGGCCCCAUGAUGAAGGAGGAGGGAGCGCUGUGCCGUCGCCGCUUCUCAACGUGCGGCACGACCAGCUCGCCGCGGCCCCCACAUCCCGACGGACGCAAGCUCAUCCGCAACGCUUCUUUCGGGGGCUACAACGAGCUGUCGCCCCUCUCGCUGCCAGGUUUUGACCGGGGGAAAGAAGAUUCCCUGCCUCCGAAAGAGGACUCGUCUCACUCCAUAUCCAAGAGCAAGUCAGAGUCCAAGCUCUACAAUGGCUCUGACAAGGAUGUCUCGUCGUCCGGUAACAAGCUCACCAAGAAGGAGUCGCUCAAGGUACAGAAGAAGAACUACCGUGAGGAGAAGAAGAGAGCCACCAAGGAGCUCCUCAGCACCAUCACAGACCCCUCUGUUAUUGUCAUGGCUGACUGGCUCAAGAUCCGGGGUACUCUGAAGAGCUGGACCAAGCUGUGGUGUGUGCUGAAGCCGGGGGUUCUUCUCAUCUACAAGACCCAUAAGAACGGCCAGUGGGUGGGCACGGUGCUGCUCAACGCCUGCGAGCUCAUCGAGAGACCCUCAAAGAAGGACGGCUUCUGUUUCAAACUCUUCCACCCGCUGGAGCAGUCCAUCUGGGCAGUCAAGGGUCCUAAAGGAGAGGCGGUGGGUUCCAUCACACAGCCAUUACCCAGCAGCCACCUCAUCUUCCGUGCCACCUCUGAGUCAGACGGCCGUUGUUGGAUGGAUGCUCUGGAGCUGGCUCUGAAGUGCUCCGGCCUCCUGAAGCGGACCAUGAUCCGCGAGGGCAAGGAGGAGCUGGCCAGUACAGCUGGGGAGAGCUCCCAAAUUAACUUCUACAGCCUGCUGAGAGCCCACAACAUGCAGGGUUUCCAGUUCAACGACAGUGACCAGUUCAAGGACCCUGACCUGUACUCAGACAAGUCAGACCGGGAGGGGGAGCAGGACCACGAGGAGUCAGACGUGGAGGGUCUGGGGAAGAGCGAGGAGAGUGACAGUGACACGUCGGAACGUCAGGAUGACUCCUACAUUGACCUUGACCCCAACGAGGCCCUGCGGGAGACUCCGUACCUGGAACAGUCCCACGAGGAGCUGGGAGAGGCUGGUGAGGCCUCCCAGACAGAGACGGUGUCGGAGGAGAAUAAGUCUCUGAUCUGGACGCUGCUGAAGCAGGUCAGGCCUGGGAUGGACCUGUCUAAAGUGGUCCUGCCCACCUUCAUCCUGGAGCCACGCUCCUUCCUGGACAAGCUGUCCGACUACUACUACCAUGCUGACUUCCUCUCUGAGGCAGCUGUGGAGGAGAAUGCCUACAACAGGAUGAAGAAAGUAGUGAAGUGGUAUAUCUCUGGAUUCUACAAAAAGCCACAGGGCCUGAAGAAGCCAUAUAACCCCAUCAUCGGUGAGACCUACCGCUGCAUGUGGCUCCAUAGCAAGACCAACAGCAAGACAUUCUACAUUUCUGAACAGGUGUCCCAUCAUCCUCCAGUGUCAGCGUUCUACGUCAGUAACAGGAAGGACGGCUUCUGUCUCAGCGGAAGCAUCCUGGCCAAGUCCAAGUUCUACGGAAACUCCUUGUCGGCCAUAUUGGACGGAGAGGCUCGGCUCACAUUUCUCAACAGAGGAGAAGACUACGUCAUGAACAUGCCCUACGCCCACUGCAAAGGCAUCCUGUAUGGCACCAUGACUCUGGAGCUGGCUGGCCAGAUCACCAUUGCCUGUGAGAAGACAGGAUACAGUGCCCAGCUCGAGUUCAAACUCAAGCCGUUCUUGGGUAACAAUGACAGUGUAAACCAGGUCUCUGGAAAGAUCAAGCUGGGGAAGGAGGUGCUGGCUACGCUGGAGGGACACUGGGACAGUGAAAUCUUCAUCAACGAUAAGAAGACCGGGGUGGUGGAUACGUUUUGGAACCCCACUGCAGAGCUGCGUCAGAGCAGGCUGACACGCUGCACCGUGCCUCCUGAGGACCAGGGAGACUAUGAGUCUGAGAGGUUAUGGCAGCAUGUAACGAGGGCCAUCAACAACAAGGACCAGACAGAGGCCACCAAUGAGAAGUUUAUCCUGGAGGAGGCUCAGAGGAAGUCAACCCGCGAGCGCAAGGCCAAGUGUGAGGACUGGGCGCCCGGGCUCUUUGAACAGGACCCCGUCACCGGAGAGUGGCAUUACAGAUAUGCCGACACCCGGCCGUGGGAUCCGCUGAAUGAUAUGAUUCAGUUUGAGAAAGACGGCUGGAUCCAGACUAAAGUGCGGCAUCGCACCCCUAUGGUACGUUCUGCCAGUGUAAUUAGUCUCAGUAACCAGGGCCCCAGGAGGGAUGGCAAUUGCAAGUGCCAGGUGUACAAGCGUGUGUGUGCGGUGCGUGAGUGUUUUUGUGUGACAGGGCCCAAAAGAAAGCACAAGCACAGUGACAAGCCCAAGAAACCUGAGAGUGGCUGCUCCUCCCCAGAACCUGACCGCCAGGACUCCUCCGGCAGCGAGCGACACAAAAGCAAGCACAGUAGCCGGUUAAGGAAAAAGGGCCCAGACCUUAGUGAACUUCAAAGUGCCAUUGAUUCUAUAAAGAAGACACAGGAGAACAUUUACAAGAGCAUCGGUGUGCUGCGCUCCCGAACGACAGUGGGCCAGGCGGCAGCAGAGGGCGGAUUCCUGCAGCAGCGCGACUACGCCAUCAUCAUCCUCCUCAUCCUCCUUCAGGUCUUCAUCAACUUCCUGUUCAAGUAGCAGCCGACAGACUGACAGAGAGAGAGACAGAUGGAGUUAGAGAGAGAGACCGAUGGAGAGAGAGAGACAGGACUGAUGGGGGGUUUGUCCAGGCUAAGGAGGAGAAACAGUCUGGAAGUGAAUGAACUUCAAGAGCACCCAGUAGCUCUGCCUCAACCUCUCUCUCUCUCUCUCUCUCUCUCUCUCUCUACUGAGUUUGCUCUGCCCCACUGUCCUCAGACGGGCCACCAUUGUCACACACACGUCUCCAAAGCAAGCAUUCCUGAAAGAGGCUCCUCAAAAAAAACUGAAAUUGUUUUUAAUUUCUAUUUAUUUGUACCUGUUUAAAGAUCCAUGUAUUUUUAAAGGGGGAGUGGCACCGGCCAGGACUGAAGGGAAGUUGAGGUCAGCGUUCGGCCUUAGCCGGCGUCAUGAUGUCGUCAACUGGGCCUUGGAGAAGGCAUUGACAUCUGGCGGCCAUUUUUAAUUUUGCUAACGGACACCGCUCCUUGCAUUUCACAUUGCCCCCAUUUCACCCGCCUCCCCAACGACAGGGAACAUUUUACACUGAGACUUUUGAAGAAAAAUUACUUUCAUUCAAUUUUUUUGUUAAAGAAUGUUCAUUUGUUUUGUUUGUUUGGUGUGUCCUUUGUGAGUAGAACCUCUAGUUAAAAAAUAUACGAGAAGGGAGAAGAACAGAUUUAAGCGGUCCAAUAUAUGUGACGUUCUUUUGAAGAUUUGACAAGGCUCGAGUUUCCUAGCUUGACGGUUAAUCGGCAAACAAAAGAAAAAGAAAGUAAUUGUAAUCAAUCGAUUUGAAUCGUUCCACUCAAAUUUGUAGACCAGGUCAAUUGUAUAAACUAGAUGCUUGACAUGAA